AUGGAGUUAGUGCAGAGAUCACUGCCGCUGGUACUUUCACCCCCGCUGACGGUGGACAACGAUGUCAAUCACAAUGGGGUCAUUAUGGUUAUCACAUCUUUUGCGCUUUUUCUGGUGCUUGGGUCGUUGGGCAUUCGGGUAUACUCGGCCUACAGCCGAAGAGCCCGACAAAUGGAUGACUGGGCUUUUGCCUUCACUGUGGUGUUUGCUUUGACCCAAAUUUCCGUCGUUUUUGCCCAAAUCAAUUUUGGCUGGGGCAAAGAGGGAUCGCUCAUUGCCACAGGACACCGGAGUCAAAUGGACAAAGCUGUGUAUAGCGCAGAUAUUCUCUACGUUUCGACACUCGUGUUGUCCAAAGCAUCUACCUCGGUCUUUUAUCGGACUAUCACCACCCGGAGCUCCCAGUGGAUAAUCCAUGGGAUAUUAGGGCUCGUGGGUCUGUGGGCGCUGAUAGCGAUUAUCAUGCUCGCUAUCCGAUGUGGCUCUCAUCCAUGGCAGGAUAUCAACCAAGAGUGCCCGAGUCUGUUCCCCCGGUGGCAGGCAACCGCUGCGCUAGACAUAAUUCUGGACACAGUUCUAGUAUUAUAUCCUAUGAAAGUGAUCCCUCGCCUCCACACAACUCUCACCAAAAAGGUGACUGUUCUCUUGGUUCUGAGUUGCCGUGUCCUACUCAUCCCCACUUCGGCUGUUCAUCUCCAUUAUAUGCAUCAGCAAAUCAAUUCGUCGAACCCGACUCUCGUCGGGAGCUUCGCAACGAUAGCUGCGGAGCUCCAUGUGGCACUUAGUGUGGUGGUUUUGAUUGCGCCUCUGAUGAAGCCAUUCAUUGCAGCUUAUAUCGAUGAGAAUGGCUUUGCCUACACAGACUGCGCAUCGAAAUCGGAAAGUCCCAGCAGCUCCCGUUCUCGCGCUUACAAAUUUCUUCCGCGGAAAACUCCUGGGCCCAGUCCAUGCUCAAGCGAGCUUCAAGGAGGAAAUCGUAUAGUGAAAAGUGUUCAAAUCUCAGUGGAUCACGAAACUAUGGAGCUCUCCGGGCAAAGUGCGGCGUUUCCAGAGUGCCAACCACCAACAGCACGAUGA